UCGACCCGAAUAUAAGUCGAGACCCCUAAUUUUACCCCCAAAAACUGGGAAAACUUAUUGACUUGAGUAUAAGACUAGGGUGGGAAAUGCAGCAGCUACUGGUAAAUUUCUAAAUAAAAUUAGAUCCCCAAAAAACUAUAUUAAUUGAAUAUUUAUUUACAGUGUGUGUAUAUAAUGAAUGCAGUGUGUGUGUGUGUGUGUGCUCUCAUUCCCUGGUGGUCCAGUGGUGUGCACUGUGUUGGAGGGGGCUGGUAGGAAGCGUUUACUUACCUUUCCUGCAGCUCCUGUCAGCUCCCAUCUCUCUCCUCCGGUCCGGUCAGCUACCCUGUCAGCUCCCCUGUAAGUCUCGCGGUCUGAGUGCCGCGUGGAGCGUUGCCACGGUAACCUGUGGCAACGCUCUGACCCCGCGGCUCUCGCGAAACUUACAGUGAAGCUGACAGGGGAGCUGACCGGACCGGAGGAGAGAGAAGGGAGCUGACAGGAGCUGCAGGAAAGGUAAGUAAAUUAUUCCUGCCAGCCCCCAACAGGACCACCGGGCUUGUAAUGAGCCCGGCGGUCCUUGUCUGUAUUAUGGCAAUGUAAGAUGAGUGGGGGGUUUUCAGCACCAAAAACGUGCCGAAAAACUCGUCUUAUACUCGAGUAUAUACGGUAUCGUAUUGUAACUUAUAUACAUGACCAAUUAUUUUGGUAGAAUAACAUUGUUUUAUAUCUGGGUAACUUAAACCCCCUUGUUUAUAUCUCCUCGAAAAAACCAUAGAGCUUAUUCUAGGUUUUUUACCCUUCCAAAUAUAUGCCUGAAAACUGGAUUGUAUCAUACUUAAUCAACUAUCUGGCAUUCGGAAUGGUAACAUCCUGAACAAGUAGGACCAUUUUGGGAUAAAGUAAGCAUUUAUCGUAUUGAUCCUACCUCUCCAGGAAGAUUAUAGUAGUCGCCAUUCUUUUAAAGACUUGUUGGUUUAUCUUAUUAGGCUGAGAACAUUUAUUCCCAUUGUAUUCUCAAUCUGGGCUGAAAUUAUUACUCCUAGAUAUUUAAAUUAAUUUGUUGUCCAGGCAAAAAUAUAUUUUUCCCUAAGAUCUUUGAUAAUAGCAUUAUUUAUAUUUUUAAUUAAAGCAAUUGAUUUUGAUACAUUUAAUUUAUAAUUUGACACUUCACUAUAUUUUUUUUGUUUCAUGGAUCAAGCAGGGAAGAGACAAUUCUGGAGAUGUUAACCCCUUAAGGACUGAGCCAAAUGUAGACGUGAUCAAAAAAAAGUAAACAAAUAGUUGAAUGUGUGCUAUAUGUCUGUUCAGGUGUAAUUCGCCUCUUUCAUAUUAUGUGCACCCACACUUAUAUAUAAUUUUAUUCGGAGGAAACAGGGCUUUGAUUUAACAUCAAAUAUUUAGGUAUGAAGCAUAAUUUAAUAUGAAUAAAAUAUUAAAAAGUGGGAGAAAAUAAGAAUUGAAAAAAAAUGUGAAUGUCAUAAUACUGUUUGCUUUUACUGCAAUAAAAUACGCAUUUGUAUUCAGCAAUGUCUCAUGUAUAAAACAUUACCCCUAUGUACAGGUUUUAUGGUGUUGUGGGAAGUUACAUGGUCAAAUGGAGCAUGUUACAUUUUUCAGUUUUUUCACAUUGAAAUUUGCCAGAUUUUUUACGUUGCCUUUGAGACCAAAUGGUAGCCCAGGAAUGAGAAUUACCCCCACGAUGGCAUGCCAUUUGCAAAAGUAGACAACCCAAUGUAUUGCAAAUGGGGUAUGUCCAGUCUUUUUUAGUAGCCACUUGGUCACAAACACUGGCCAAAGUUAGCAUUAAUAUUUGUUUGUGUGCGAAAAAUGCAAAAAACUAAUUUGAAUGACAAUUUUGGCCAGUGUUUGUGAUUAAGUGGCUACUAAAAAAGACUGGACAUAUCCCAUUUGCAAUACGUUGGGUUGUCUACUAGAGAUGUCGCGAACCGUUCCUCCCUCCCAGACCCUCCCACCUCCUGGACAGCAUCCAGCUGCCUUCAACAUGGAUGCUGUCCAGGAGGUGAGAGGGUCUGGGAGGGAGGGUCUGCUGGAGAUUGGCCGGGAUGUGUCAGCUGACCGGAGCUCGCCACGAACGGUUCAGGGCGAACCGUGGCGAGCCGUUAGCGGGAAGUUCGCGAACGGUUCGCAACAUCUCUAUUGUCUACUUUUGCAAAUGGUAUGCCAUCACGGGGGUAAUUCUCAUUCCUGGCCUACCAUACGAUCUCAAAGGCAACGUAACCAAUCUGGCGAAAUUCAAUGUGAAAAGACUGAAACGCAAGCCUUAUCUUUGACUCUGUAACUUUUGAAAAAAACAUAAAACCUGUACAUGAGAGGUACUGUUAUACUCAGGAGACUUCACUGAACACAAAUAUUAGUGUGUAAGUGGCAUGUGUGUGUGAAAUAUGCAAAAAAUGUCACUUUCACUGACAAUAUCAUUGUUGUAAUACAUUUUACUGUUUUGAAAUACUAAUAUUUGUGUUUAGUGAAGUCUUCUGAGUAAAACUGUACCCCCCAUGUACAGGUUUUAUGGUGACUUAGGGACCUGGCUCUAAACGCCGGUGGUGACAUAGCACGUCGCCGCAAUCCUAUGUACUCACCCGGUCACUAGCAAUCCCACGCUGGUAAUCGCGGUGUGGAGACUUACCUGGGAGCCCAGGGAGUCCCCCUCCUUCAUCUUCGGCCCCCCUGGGCCAUGUGAUCCCGAGGUUCUUGCGAGGACCUCACGAUCACAUGGACGGCAUAGCCAGUCAGUGACAGCAGGGGGGAUGUCUGUAAUGCAAGGUACUCCCCCUGCUGCCUGAAAAAAAAAUUAAAAUUGCUUAAAACAGUGUAAAAUGAAAUUAAAUAUACUUAGAUCAUAUAUAUAUUUUUUAUAUAUAUAAUCUAAGUAUAUAUAUAUACAUAUACACAUAUAUAUAUAUAUAUGUCGAAGUCUAUUUUAAUAUUAAUAUAUAUAUAAUUAUUUAUAUAUUAAUAUCAAAGUACAUGUAGAAUGAUACUGAUUAAAUAUAUAUAUAUAUAUAUAUAUAUAUAAAAUUAGCAUUAUAUAUAUUUAUAUAUAAAAUAAAAUAAAUAAAUAUGUAAAUACAUAAAAAAUAAAUAAAAAAUAUAUAUGUGUAAUUUCAUCCUAACUGUAUUUUAAAAUUAAUAUAUAUAUAUAUAUAUAUAUAUAUAUAUAUAUAUAUAAAUAUAUUGAUAUCAAGAUACAUGUAGAACAAAAUAUCACUAUAUAUACACCUAUAUAUAAAUAAAAAUAAUUUUAAAAAAUUAUAUAUAUAAAUAUAUGUAUAUAUAUAUAUACAUAUAUAUAUAUAUACACACGUAUAUAUAAUAAUUCUACGUAUAUAUUUAUGUAAUAAUUUUACAUAAUUAGGUCAUUUUAUUAAUUACAAUUUGAGGGACCUGCCUGACAACCCAGGCUAAAACUCCAGGGAAUUUAAUUUGUUAGCACUAUAUUUAACCCUGUAACUUUCCAAGUCACCAUAAAACCUGUACAUGGGGGGUACUGUUUUACUCAGAAGACUUCACUAACACAAAUAUUAGUAUUUCAAAACAGUAAAAUGUAUUACAACAAUAAUAAUCCUUAAGGGGUUAAUGACAGCAAAAUAUCAUCAGCAUAAAAGGAGAUUUUUUAUUCUAUUUUUUAGUAGAAAAUCCUUUUAUAUUUUUAAUUGCUCUAAUAUUAAUUGCCAGAGACUCUAUCGAUAAAACAUAAAGAAGGGGAGGGGGGAGAGGGCAUCCCUGCCUAGUUUCAUUGUGUAGGUAAAACCAUCCUGCAGAAAUAUUAGCACCUACUGUUCUAGGUGUAAGUUCCAAGUACAAUGCCAUAAUAGCAUUGUGAAUCCAUCCUUUAAGUCCGAAGACAUUUAAAACUAUAUCCAGAAAAUUCCAGCUGACCCUGUCAAAUGCUUUCUCCGCAUCUAAUGACAGGGUCAGCAGAGGAAGUUUAAGAUUAUCUGAUUGUUCCAGAACAUCUAGAAUUUUUCUGGUACAGUUUUUGGCAGAUCUUCCUGGAAUGAAACCUACUUGGUCAGGAUGGAUUAUUUUUAUCAUUAUAUGUUUUAUUCUUUCUCUAUUUCUCUUUCUACUUCUUCAACUUUAAACUUGGUAUUUAGAGCAGUUAAAUCCAAAUUAGAUAGUUUAGGAAUAUUAGUGUCUGCUAAAUAUCCCAUUAUUUUAUCUCUUUCAGGAUUCAGUGCAAUAUUGUAUAAAUUACUAUAAUAUUCAUUGAAUUUUUUACCAAUUGUUUUAGGGGAAGAGUAUAUAUUUUUGUCAACAAUCAGUUUGUUUAUCCUGUUACUCACUGUUUGCUUCUUAAAGGAACACUAUAGUCACCUAAAUUACUUUAGCUAAAUAAAGCGGUUUUAGUGUCUAGAUCAUUCCCCUGCAAUUCCACUGCUCAAUUCACUGUCAUUUAGGAGUUAAAUCACUUUGUUUCUGUUUAUACAGCCCUAGCCACACGGCUAUGGCUAUGAUUGAGAGAGCCUGCACUAAAAAAACAAAAACUAGUUUCACUUUCAAACAGAUGUAAUUUACCUUAAAUAAUUGUAUCUCAAUCUCUAAAUUGAAGUUUAAUCACAUACAGGAGGCUCUUGCAGGGUCUAGCAAGCUAUUAACAUAGCAAGGGAUAAGAAAAUCUUAAUUAAACAGAACUUGCAAUAAAGAAAGCCUAUAUAGGGCUCUCAUUACAGGAAGUGUUUAUGGAAGGCUGUGCAAGUCACAUGCAGGGAGGAGUGACUAGGGUUCAUAAACAAAGGGAUUUAACUCUUAAAUGGCAUAGGAUUGAGCAGUGAGGCUGCAGGGGCAUGUUCUAUACACCAAAACUGCUUCAUUAAGCUAAAGUUGUUCAGGUGACUAUAGUGUCCCUUUAAGUUUUUUUGUUAAGCUCUUACUUGCUCUAUUACCUUGAUAAGACGCAUUUGAUCUUAGUUUAUUUAAAGUUUUUUUGAUCUUAUCCUCUAUUUUUAAAUUAAUUUUUUUCUGGAGUUCAGAUAGCUUUAUCCUGUUCUGCUUAGCAGGUUGAAUUUUAUUUAAAUUUGAAAGUUAAAAAAAUGAUACAUAUAAAUCAGCAAGUUCGUUACCCCUUAUUUAUUUGACUGGUUUUCAAUUUUGAUGAAGCAACCUCUCAUUACUACUUUGUAAGUGGCCCAUAAUGUGGAAUGAGAAAUAAAAGGAUAUGCCAUGACAUUUUCCUAUCUCUAUGUUGUGUCACUUCCUCUCUACUUAUGAACAGUGUGCUGUUGCAACUGGGACAACCACCAACCCAAGCCUGAUAUAUCACUUUACUACUGAUCUUUCUUUUUAUAGUAAGUGGCUGCUUUAAAGAGUAGCGGCCUUGUAUAAGAGAAAAACAACAAAUAACGCUAAUAUCCACUUACCCCUCUACCAACUGUGGAAAUCUUGGUUUAAACAGGCUCACAACUGGGGCUUUAGCCACUAAACACCCACACCCUCAGAAACCCCAAUGGUUUAGUUUCUCCUUGUCCCAUGUAAACACAGACAUAAACUAACUUUAAACUUCCUCUCUUCAAAAUGUUCUAAAGUUUACAAAGCUGAUAUCAUGACAUAUAGUCGAGUCAGGUAUAGUCGGUCUAUAAGAAAAUGAAAAUCUCCUUACAACAAGCUAACAACAAAAUUACACAUUAGGAGGUAACAAGGUCCUUUUAUUUUUUUAGAGUGCAACUUAACAAUCCUCUCCUGAUAUAAAAUGUGUUACGGUACCUCCAGUAAUAAAGUGCACAAACCGCCGUUUAGUGAAUGCUCCCCGUUCGCAAUAAUGUGGUCUGGUAGCGUGUAUAGUAAAACCAUGCGAACCGCCAGUUAGGGAACACUCCAAACUCCCGAACGGUACCUGUACGGCUCUUUCCCUUCACGAGCUCCAAAUCCACGAACUGCCAAUAUUAGCCGAACGCCAAUAUCUUCCAAGCGGCAAAUAAUUCCAAUAAGCAGUCUCUAAGCGCUGGUAAUAAAAUCCCCCCAAUAACGAGACCAAGCUCCGCUUUGAAGGUAAAACACGAACUGAUUUACUGUGGGCUACCUGCCCGGUAUUUAUGCAGGUCUCCCACUUGGUGGACACUCCCCUAGGGGACCAAAUGGGAGACUGAAAGGACAGAAGGACAUGGGGACAUUUUGGACAUACAUCCCCACAAUAUUCCCAGCAUGCAUCACAGUUCCCUCCCCUCUGCUCGGGAGAUAAUUGGGAAGUAAUUCAAUUAUCUCCCAGAGCAGAGGCAAAUCGCCAUUUUAAAUACAAGUCAUAAAACACAUAAAAAUCUAUAACUUUAUAACUGCCGAACAUAUUGCAUUCGUGUAACACAUCCCCAGAUAGCCUGGAUCUGAGGGCAUAUUAUUGGCGAAUAGCGCUCAGAUCCCAUUCGCAUAGUUCAAUCGCCAUGGAGUCAAAGUCUAUUACAGUUCUUCGGUAUGCGAUUGACUCCAUGGGACGGCUAUCUGGGUUAAGUCCAUUCGUGUUGUUGAAUCUCCCGAACGGCCGGCAUUCGUAUGCUUUUGUCGAUUGAGAAGGGGAGGUCGACGGCUUCAGCGGUGUUCGGUUGAAAAAGUGUCCGUUUUCAGUUCCAUGAAAUAACCGUCGAACACCGCUGGUCUUUCGCAUGGUUAAAAUGGCCGCCGCCUCGUGGUCGACAUACGAACGACGACCAGCCGGUAUUCGGUUUUAAUUGAGAAGUGUCUGUGGUUAACCGCAACAUUCUAAUUGGGAUCAAUAGGUUAACCAGCAGCACACUUCUCUUCUGGGUGGCCGUCCAUUCGGUAGUUUCGUUCGACAAAAAACGACAUUCCCUUAAACAAAGCAUACGAAUGGGGGAAUUCAUGCAACCGGCAAAACAGACGAACACAGUACUUUUAGUCCAUACGGAUGGGUCUGUCACAAAAUGUAUACUUUUUUUUUUGUUCUUUACAUGCUUAACAUAUAUGAAAAUCAGAAACUGUUAAAUAUCAGACUGAACAUAAUUUGCCACUAAUAGUAAACCUGAAUUUCACAAUAGAUUCCAUAAACUCAUCUUUAAAAUUCUCACCAACUUUGCGCUGUUCUUUGGACUUUCCUCAGAUUUAACCAUAUUGGCAGUGAAUAUUUACUUUUAAUAUGAUAUCUUUUCUGACCUCUCAAUGGGAGAUAUUUCUUGAUCUCGAUAUGCUCUUGAAUUAUGCUACGGAAUUUUUAGGAGGCUAUUGUCCUACCCAAGGUGGCAGUUUAAACAUCACUGUAGAAUUUAAAGGGACACGAUAGUCACCAGAACAACUACAGCUUAUUGAUUUGUUUUGGUGAGUAGAAUCGUUACCUUUAGGCUUUUUGCUGUAAACAUUGUAUUUUCAGAGACAAUGCAGUGUUUACAUUAUAGCCUAGUGAUAACUUCACCGGCCACUCCUCAGAUAGUGUUAGAGAUCCUUCCUGGGUCAUGGCUGCCUAAAAUGCAUCCAAACAUUCAGUAUCUCCUCCCUCUGCAUGCAGACACUGAACUUUCCUCAUAGAGAUUCAUUGAUUGAAUUCAUCUCUAUGAGGAGAUGCUGAUUGGCCAGGGCUGUGUUUGAAUCAUGCUGGCUCUGCCUCUUUGUCAGUCUCAGCCAAUCCUAUGGGGAAGCAUUGUGCUUGGAUCAGGCUACCACUUCUGGUGAUGUCAGCAGGCAGUGGGCAGGUCAAAAGGAAACAGUGACAAAGCAAGGAGCUUCAGCCUUGAAUACAAGUAAGAUUUGCUAUAUUUAGGGCUGCAUGAGGGGAUCAAGGGGGCUAGAUGGUGGUUUUAACCGUAUAGGGUCAGGAAUACAUGUUUGUGUUCCUGACCAUAUAGUGCUACUUUAAUGAAUUUGCUUUCAUAGGGAAAUUGUAUAGCCCAUUUCAUGACAUCUAAUCAUCCUCUUGGUCUAUUCUUUGUGACCGAACUGCUCCAACUUUGUAAAUGAAAGAAGGCGUGUGUACAUAACACAACACAAGAAUUCAAAAGGAAUUCAUUUAGAACACUUCAAUCACUGUAAGCUGCCAGUAGAAUAUAUUGGUCAGACUAAGCUGCCAUACUAUGGCAAUAUUAUGCCUUUCCAAUUAAGCAUUAACAUCACAUUGGACAAAAAUACAAUAGUAUUUUAUGAACCAAAAGAGUAUUAUCUCAUGUCUCAUGACUUGGACUUGCUACCUUUAGAAGUGCUGUACAUAAUUUUAUAAUUUUUCAUCAAUGCACACGCAGGCUGCAAAGAUGUGUUUUUAAAAAAAAAUUUACACUUAGGGUGAUUUGAUUAAUUCUGCCAUGUCUUUACUUUGAGCAUUAACCUAUCCGAGCUUGUUGCCUUUAAUUUUAGCCUCUAAGCGAAAAGAACAAGUGGAUUAAAUUUAAUGUAUACAGUGACUGCAAUUUAGAACUCCACUCUGUCAGUCAUCUAUAUAAAAUCACACCCCAGUUCUUUUGUUAUUUGACAUAGAAAUAAGUAACUUGCCAUUUUCGUGACAACUACAUGUUCUGUACAGCUCUAAACAAAGUUUUUUGUUCUAUAAAAUGGCUAUUAAAAUGAAUGCCAUACUUCCAUGCAUUUCGCCACCACACUAUAAUUAUAGUGAAUACUCAGAAAACAAAAUCCCAAACUAUGUUAAUCUCAAUACUUUUCAUACUUUCACAGGGAAUGCUUAAGAAAUGAUUGUGCCCAAGGAAUUUCUGGAAGCUUGUCAAAUAUGUUGGCAGAAUCAGGGGAAAUCCCUUACAGCUGCCAAAACAGAGACUAAGUUUGUUACUGAAUACUUGCUGUAAAAUUAGGAUUCAUUAAAAACUGUCAAGCAUCAAAUGUAACCUUUCAGAAAAAUAGAUUUGAUCCAUCCAACAAAGGAUGGUUGAGAAAACACAUUCUCAGCUAACUACAGUGGGGAUUUAUGAAAAAAUGGAGCACUGUAAGAUUUCAGUAAAAUCCAGAAAGGCAGAAUAUUUGGGCUAGAAUUGUAAGUUGCCAUACCACUAUGACUUUCCACUUGUCUAAUAAGUAAGUAUCUCUUGAAACCUUGAGAAAUACAAUAAAGGCAAGAUGUCCCCCACUCCCUGACAUGCAAUCACGUCCUCCACUCCCCAAUGCAGUAGCAGAACUAAAGUAGAGAGGGACCUGGUGCAAGAAUUAUUUGGGUCCCCCAAUCGCAAGUGUGGCCAAACAAUAGAUCGCCAUCUGUCAUGCAACUCCAACAAUGCUUUGACAGCUGGCACCCUACCAUUUUCCCAUGCUUGCAGGGUUUUAUUUA